AUGGCUCGCGAGGGUGGUGGCGGGCGGCGGGAGAAGACAGCGGUGUGGGGGGGGGGGGGGGGGGGGCGCUUGUUUUGUGCGAGGGCCGGCGGGCCCCCGCCGCUCGCGUCGGGCAGCCGGCGCGACCCUCUGGCCGCUGCGACCCCAGCACAGGUGCGCGCCGGCGACAUUUAUAUCGACACCGGACACAUGAGCGGGAAGGAGGCACAAUGCCGCUCGCCUCCCGACAUCAAAGGGAUAAGCGCGAGGGCCUCUGCCCUCAAACACCCCCCCCCCCCCUCUUUCGCCCCACCGUUCCCUUCGCCCCACUGCCCCCGCUACGAGCAUGCUUGGCCAACGCCAACUCAGCCGUGCCGCCAAAUUGAAUCCAUGAAAGGACUACGCCACCUUUACGACGACUGCUCAGGUAAGGUUCUUCAAGUGUCCGAGGGGAACAAAGAGCUCUCCUCGGAACAUAUUGGCGCAUUCAAUUCAAAUUGCAGAGGCCGGUGGCACCUCGCAUAUUACGGCGCGGCUGGGCCGCGGCCUUUGCGUAAGCGUUGCACCGCUUUAGUGUCAUACGCACAAUCCGAUUUCUCCAGCAGUGGAGAAACUGUCGCACGCACGGCUCUUCCUCCCCCCUCCCCCGCCUCAAACGCCUCAAACGCCGCACCCCUCUCCGCGCACCCCUCGCAAAAACUCACGCAC